GAAGCUUGUAGAGCUGGUUGUGUUCCUAUUGUACCUGAUAGAUUAGUUUAUACAGAAAUUUAUCCUAAUGAACAACAUCGAUAUAGAACUAAAACACAAUUAAUUAAUAAAUUAAAAGAAUAUUGUCUAAAACCAGAUUAUCUUAGAAAUAAAAUAGAAAAACAAAAUACAUUUCAAUUUGAAUGGGACAAAAAUGAAUCUAUUAGACAACAAUAUUUACAAUUAUUUCAAAAUCAAUUAUUAAAUAGUAAUGUAACAACGACACCAAAUUAA